UGGCUUCUGAAGGAAGUAUUUCUUCAAAUGGCGUGUUUGGGAACAUACGUAAAGGAUCUCCUGGAUGCUGAAACAUUUGAAGGGGUCACAUGAUUUUCCCGGAAGUGUCAGGAACGUGAUAUCCAAAACAAGGCUAAUCAGAAAGUAACAGUUUUGGUGAAGUGAUUGACGCACAUGUCUUCAUACUCUGACGAUAAGGUGGCAAGCUCCUUUGGCUCGUUUCCAAAGGGCUUUGGCUAUGGCCCAGAUGAGAAUGACACGGAAAUACAAGCAUCAUCAUCAGAAUACAAACCAAGAAUUCUGCUUAUGGGGCUAAGAAGAAGUGGUAAAUCUUCCAUACAGAAGGUAGUGUUUCACAAAGUGUCACCAAAUGAAACCCUCUUCCUAGAAAGUACAAAUAAGAUCGUUAAAGAAGAUAUCACCAAUUGCUCAUUUGUGAAGUUCCAGGUGUGGGAUUUACCAGGCCAGAUUGACUUCCAUGAUUCUAUUUAUGAAGAAUGUGAAGCCAUUAUAUUUGUCAUAGAUUCACAGGAUGAAUACAUGGACGCAUUGGCCAAACUCAAUGCCACUGUAUCCAAAGCUCACCGUAUCAACCCAGGCAUCAAGUUUGAAGUCUUCAUCCAUAAAGUUGAUGGUCUGUCAGAUGAUCAUAAGAUUGAAGCCCAGCGGGAUAUCCAUCAUAGGGCAUCUGAUAACCUCGCUGAAGAGGGCCUGGAAAAUCUCCACUUAAGUUUUUAUCUUACCAGUAUAUAUGACCACUCCAUAUUUGAGGCAUUUAGCAAAGUUGUACAGAAAUUGAUUCCCCAACUCCCUGUAAUGGAGAACCUGUUAAAUAUUCUCAUUUCUAAUUCUGGUAUUGAGAAAGCGUUCCUGUUUGAUGUGAUCAGUAAGAUCUACAUCGCCACAGAUAGUUCACCGGUGGACAUGCAGACAUAUGAAAUCUGCUGUGAUAUGAUUGAUGUAGUGAUAGACAUGUCCCAUAUAUAUGGUGUAAAAGAUGAUGCUGCAUUUGACACCAAGUCAGCUUCAAUAAUCAAACUGAACAACGGGACAGUGAUGUACUUGAGAGAGGUCAACAGAUACCUGGCUCUCGUCUGUAUCAUGAGGGAGGACAGUUUUGAAAAACAAGGUGUGAUAGAUUACAACUUCCUGUGUUUCCGACAAGCUAUUCAGGAUGUGUUUGAGGUCAAACCUAGUUCUAAACAAGCUGCCAUGGCUUUGACCUCUUCCAGUGACUUUCCACAAGCAAAUGGGGCCAUUAAGUGAUUAAUGAUAGGGUCGGAUAACUCUGUUUUUGUAAUACAUCGAGAUGUACAAGUAUCCAAUUAUCAGGGUGUGCAUGGCUAAGCAAGGAUGAAUCUUCUGGGUUCCAAAUGGAUAGCAUGAGGUGUUGAAUUAAUUGUUAAUUAAGUGCUUUAUCCAUUGUGUAUUUAUAAUGAUGGGGAUAAAUAAUGAUGUAAAUUAAAGAUAUUAAAAAGGAAUAUUGAUGCAGAGUGCUCUGUAUCCAUUGUGUAUUUAUAAUGAUGGGGAUAAAUAAUAAUGUAAAUUAAAGAUACUAAUAAGGAAUAUUGAUGCAGAGUGUUUUAUUGGCACUAUGUGAAAAUACAGACAAUAUCUGAGUUUUCCUUAAUGGGUAAGUGAUUACAAUAUAUAUGAAAUGUUUUCGGCCUCAUGUAACCUCAGUAUCUCACCUGCCCAAAGGACAAGUGAGUAAUGUCAUGGUGCUGCAUCCUUUGUUUGUCCAUCUUUGUCAUCUACCUGUUUGGUGUUAACUUUUUGGAUGCAAAGCUUUCCAGUUUGUUCAAAUGCAUAAACUUGACCUACUUUGAAGUUCACAGGGUUUAAAUUUGUUGUAAUCUUUUAAAAACUUUUUCUCAGUUACAAAGAUGCAUAUGAUUGUGGUAAAGUUUGUUAUGAUAUUCUGAAUAACCAAGUAGAUGAUUGGUUUUGCCUAUAACAUAUGAUAAAGAACAAAUACUGAGGUUGGGAUGAGUGUGAAAGUUACCAGAAUACACAACACAAUUAAUGUCUUCUGUUUGUAAGAUACAGAACUGGUAAGAGUUAAGGCCCUAUAGACCUUUUGUUUUGAAUGAGUAGUUUUGAUGGUAGAUAGCCCCAGUCAUAUAAAGUCAUCUUGUACAAGCGUUUGUGGUUUAAGAGAUGUACAGGUCAUGUGACUCUAUUUUGUAUGAGUGGAUUUGUUAAGGAGAUGUCCAGGUCAUGUGACUCUAUUUUGUAUGAGUGGAUUUGUUAAGCAGAUAUCCAGGUCAUGUGACUGUUUUGUAUGAGUGGAUUUGUUAAGCAGAUGUCCAGGUCAUGUGACCCUAUUUUGUAUUGAGUGUAUUCAUUGUAAGAAUUUUCCUUAGUGGAUAUUUUCACACCUCUGACAGUAUAUACCCUGCAAAAAUCUGUGUUAGAUUUUUUCUUUCUAAGCCAGUCUGUCUGUCACCUUCAUCUGACAUCUGGUGCCAUAUUUAACAUGCUUACACAUUUGUUGUGCUAGAGAAAGUUAACAGUGCCUAAAUUAUUGUUAAUUGGCAUGCUUUGAUGUGAAUAACUUAAUCCAAAUGGCACUCAAGUGAAAACUUUCCAAAGUAUACUGAGUAAAGACUGUGCAGUGGAUGUAUUGAUUUGAUGCCUUAUGAAAUGGUUUAGAUAUCAACAGAUUACAAACCUAUGUUGCUGUUAUCACUUUUAUUUUCAAGUCCUUGUAGGUACAUUUAACAGUACGGGUUAUCGUGAGACCAGUUUAUUACAAAGUAUAUUAAAGUCUUAGCAACAUAAAUUGGUAUAAGAUCUUGAGGUGUAAUACAACCUCAGAUUUUGAUGAGUAAUUUUUUCUUUCUCCAAUAACUUUUAGACUCACACAGGUGAAUUUAUUUCUGGAAUUUUUACAUGUAUAGUCUUCAUUACUUGUAUUAAUUUUAAGAAGUUAUAUUUAGAUCCAUUUCUCAGAAAUCAUUAUAUCAUGACAGCCAUAUUUGGUAUUUAGUUAGACCUUAGGGCAUACUGCAUUUAGGACCAAAAUAGAUAUACACUGUCAAAACAAACAAUGUCAUUUGAUGUUUAAACCUGUUGUUUAAUCAUAUUUUUUUCCAUAUUUUCAAGUCUUAAGUGAAUUUAGUGAGUGAAAGAUGAGACAUUGAUUUUGCAAAUUUGAUGUAAUGAUCCAUCUCUUUACGACAUUCAUAGUCAUAUGUAUAACAAAGGCAAACAAUAUUAUGCACUGUUGAAAUACAGUGCGUUGAAUCCUGUCAUAGAAAGCUGAGUUCAUAUUCACUAUGAAUGCCAUAUGAAGAUUGUUUAAUGCUGAUAGCUUGUGUUAUACACCUUAGGCAGAAAUGAUUUGUAGGGCCUUAUCAAUGUUACUUUCAUGUAAAGUCACAGCUGUGGUGAUGUAAAUAUAAGGCUAUGAAUGCCAUUGUGUGAUUGUCUUAUCCCCUCAUGACGUACUGGGUAUGACAUAGAAUUUGAUUAACAAAACUAUUAAGGUUUACCACUGUUAAUGAGAACAAAUGAUUAUAGAUUUAAAAUUCAAUUGAAUCAAUUGAACAGGGUUUCCUUAAAUGCAAAAUCUAACCAGUUUAAUUCAUGAUAGCAUGAAUGUUCAAAAUGCUUGAGUCAGCUGUUAUUUAUGUAUCUUUUUAUACCUAUGUUAAAAGUACUUCUAUUUCUGGUGAUUCUGAUCAGAGACAUGUGUCUGUGCCUGCUGUUUGUGUGGAAUUAUUGAGUGAUCUGUCACUCAAUGUGGUUGAUCAAUCAAUCAAUAAUUUGUGAUAUUUUGUUUAAAAAGAUUUACCUUGGAAAACAUAUUAACAUUAUAAUGCACAGAUGUUGGGUCUUUGUAUGGGGCUACAUAAUGUACAUAAUUUGAUAUGAUUAUAUCAAAGCAAGCUUUAAAAAGAUAAUAUUUUUUUCUUUUUCUCACAGAGAUAUGAAUAAAUGCUUAAAACUAUAAAUA